GAGAAGAGAAGAAAAGUGUCCGUUUUUACUUGUGAUCCAGUCCAGUCCAAAGCUAAGAAUCCGUGUUUACUUCUGCCAUGGUGAUGAUCCGGACUCGUAGUUUCUCGUGUGGUCGACUUGUGUUCUUAUCCAAUUAUUAUUUCCACUCGGACCCUUCUUCCUCCUCAAGAUAGGCCGACCUCCCCUGCAUAUAAGUAGCCACGCCCCCUGGCCACCAAACCAACGCAACCGCAACCAUCAACAUCGUCUUCUUCUCUUCACGUAGACAAGUUUUCAAUCUCAGUUUUUAGUUCUUCAUGGAGAACAAGGGGGCGGCUGCGCCGGCGGCGCCAGAGAAGGAGGAGGCGCAGGCGGCGGCGGCGGCGACGUCGUGCUUCAAGAGGACGGUGGGCGAGGACGCGUCGCUGUUGGAGCUGGCCAAGGACCAGUACCGGCAGUUCGCGGAGGCGCAGGGUCGGGACCACUGGGAGUGCCUCAAGAACAAGGUCAGCUCCAUGUUCGCCGACCCCAUCUUCGGCGGCCUCAAGCCCGACUCCACCGCCAACACGCCGCCGCCGUCCGUCGAGUCGCAGUAGAUCGUCGUCGUUCGUUCGCCUGCCGCGGUUCGUCCUGCAGUAUAUCGUUGCAACUUUAUUAUGAGGAUCAUGGGCCUUGUUUUUAGCUGUGGGGAACUUGUAUUUGUAUCGUCGUAUUAAACUCGAGGAACUAUAUAUUGUGGAUUUUGAGUUUAAUUGAAUUAGUCAAGUGA